CACUUUCCAAGCGUCUGAGUUUUGAUCACAUGACCACGGGGAUGCUGCAACGGUCAUAAGUCACUUUUUUCAAUACCACUGUAACUAAAUGAACUGUUGUAAAUUGAGGACCAGCUCUAUUGAAACGGAGACUGGUAAGAGUCCUUCUGAUGGCAGCAGUGGUUGUCUGCCAUUUUGUGUGUUUGUGUGCAUACAUGUGUGUGUGUUCAUGUGUUUGUGUGUAUAGACAUACAUGGACAAUGCUAUGCAUAGAACAAAGAAAAAUUACUUAGUGAACACUGAAAUGUCAGUAAUCUGGUGUGAUUUUUUUUCCCCUUCCAAUUUGUCUUGGGAUUGUCAUAUUGGAGCUGAAAUGAAAGCCUUUAUCUUUUAUAUACAAUUGAAAAAAUUAGGAAUGUAACCAAAGCCCAGUUCUCCUAACUCCUAACUGAUUACCAUUCCUCCUCUCCAAUAUUUUAGCUUUAGCUUGCCUUUGGAAAACUCAAAUUUCCAUUCCCUGAUUCAUUUUUUUAUUCUCCAAAUUUCCAAAUCUAGACCUACCAGAUCUGGGUUGCGAAGCUCCAAUUGACCAAUUGAUGACAGCAAAGAAUUUUCUGAUUCUCUUUGCUACCAUCUCUUGUUCACCCAGAUUUUUACAGAGCAAAUCCAAUCAGCCUGCACUAAUCCCCCAAGCUCUUUUUCAGAAACAAUUCAAAGGAUUCUUGCCCCUCCUGUAUGCAUACUCCCAUGCACAAUUUUUGAACAUGCAAAUUUCACUCUCAAUGAACCAUCUUAAGGAUGUGGACAUACAGAUCUAAAAAUCUUCUAAUUAUUUCUGACCACCCUCUAUAAAUAUAUUUAUUAUGGCUGGAGACUAGAAAAUUACUCACAACGACAUUAAUGCUCCAAACCAAUUCUCUCCCCGAGAAUUAAAGUUGGGAUCACUGAUACAAUUUUUUAUCUGCCUUUGAUACUGCCUUAUAUUGAUGCGAGCAAGAGCUGAAGCAAAGCAACCAAACGAAGUCCUGGGAAUUAUUAAGCUUAAGGUUCUGGAAAAGACAGCAGCAGCAGUGCGGUAGCAGUGAUGGAGAGUUGAUGAGUGCAACAAGGCAGAGACAAUAUUCUUCACUUUGCACCAUUGGUAGAGAGGAGGAGAUCUCAGGCUGACACUUCCUCUCCUCCCCCUCCCCCCCGCGUUACAAAACAGCGUCACUUUGAUAAUUUGGGCAGCUGAGACAAACAAACGAACCGUCUGAGGAACGGAAAGGUAGGGCUGUUGCUGACUGCCCCAGUUUCCAACCCAGGAUCUGAUCCGUAUAGAUGCCAUUGUUUGGCUAGGGUGCAUUUCACACGUGCAAGGGUAGGCGUUGCAUGGCCCCGGUGUUUGCAGAGAAGGGGCGUUGAUCUCACCUGGAGAAGCCUUCUUCCCUUGGGGGUCCCCCUUCAUCCCUCCUCUCCCCUUGCCUCUUCCUCUCCAGAGGACCCCGAGGAAGACCGUGAACAACCGCGCCACGCACCCUUCCUCCGUUGAUGCAUCUGUCUCCAAAAGCUCACGCCGCCGCCGCGGCGCUCUUCUUCCAUCCGCGCCACCCGCUCAUCCCCAACCCUGCCUCAAUCGCUCUGUUCUGCCUCGUUUCGGUUUUCCAGACGAGUUUUCCCUAUAGCUUGCCGUCCGGGAAGAUCUCAGAGCGUCCCCUUUCUUUCUUUCUUUGGUUUUCCAAGGCGGGGACGGUGGCAUUUCUUUUCCCCACUUUGAGGUCCAGAGUCUCUCUCUCUCUCUCUCUCUCUCUCUCUCUCUCUCUCUCUCUCUCUUUUCCCCCUAUGCGGGCUCAUCGGAAAGAGCCAGAGCGCAGGAAGAGAUGCUCCGAGCGGCCAACUUCCCCGGUAACUCCGGAGCCGAUCGGCUGGGUUGCAAGCGCUGCUGAGAAAGGAUCCUCCCCUCUCGCCGGCGCGGGAGGGGGAGGCGGGGAGGAGGCUGAGCAGGAGGCGGAGGAAGCGGGAAGGGCUCCUUGCGCCUAUAAGGAGUUCUCCGGCUCCGCUCUUUCUGAAUUCCAAAAGCAGCUGCUGGGAGGUGGAUUUCCGAGCCGGCCGGCUGGCCCUUUGACGCUUAGGAGCUCUCGGCGGAGGCUUCGGCGAGCGAGGCGCCUUUCUCUCGCCGCCUAGCCUCUGCCUUUCCAAGAGGCUCUGGAUGUCGGGUGGAAUAAAUGAGCCAAGGCAGGGAAAGGAAACGGGAGGUGCCGCGGUCUAAAAUUGGAGAUUAAGGAGGCAAGGACAGCCCGGGGCAAUGGAGCCCGGGGCCCAACUCUUCGGCGCGGUGACUUGGCUGCUGCUGCUGCUGCUCAGCGGCUGGCGUCUCGCCUUCGCAGCUUCCGUCUAUAAUUGUGAAGAGCCACUGGUACUGUCAUUACCUGCAUCAGCUUUUGACAGUUCGUCCAAACUCUCCAAUAACCAUAGUCCCAGCUUUGCGAAACUCAUCAGACGGGAUGGAGCUGGUGGCUGGUCCCCUUUGGAUUCCACCAAGGAACAAUGGCUCCAAGUUGAUUUGGGAGACAGAGUAGAGAUUACAGGCAUUGCUACUCAGGGUAGAUAUGGAAGCUCAGACUGGACCACAAGCUACAGUCUAAUGUUCAGUGAUACAGGUCGCAACUGGAAGCAGUACAGACAGGAGGACAUCAUCUGGGUCUUCCAAGGCAAUGUCAAUGCUGACAGUGUGAUACAGCACAAAUUCCUUCACUCUGUUAAAGCUCGCUUUGUGCGCUUUCUGCCCAUGACAUGGAACCCAAAUGGAAAUAUUGGUCUGCGAGUUGAAGCUUUUGGAUGCUCAUAUAAAUCGGAUGUUGCAGAUUUUGAUGGGAGGAGCUCCCUUCUCUACAGAUUCAAUCAAAAGCUGAUGAGCACCUUCAAAGACGUGGUUUCUCUGAAGUUCAAGAGCAUGCAGGGAGAUGGGGUCCUGUUUCACGGCGAAGGACAGCAUGGAGAUUAUAUUACCCUGGAGCUGCAAAAUGGGAAACUUUCCUUGCACAUCAACCUGGGAGAUGGCAAGCUUCGUUUUGGCAACAGCCAUACCUCAGUCUCCUUGGGCAGCCUCCUGGAUGACCAACAUUGGCACUCAGUUCUCAUUGAACGAUUCAAUAAGCAAGUGAAUUUCACAGUGGACAAGUACAUGCAACAUUUCCGGACUAAGGGAGAUUCUGAUGACUUGAAUAUUGAUUAUGAGCUCAGUUUUGGAGGAAUACCAGUCCCAGGAAAACCAGGAACCUUCCUGAAGAAAAAUUUCCAUGGCUGCAUUGAGAACCUAUAUUACAACGGAGUCAAUAUCAUUGACCUAGCCAAAAGACGGAAACCACAGAUCCACACAGUGGGGAAUGUGACAUUUUCCUGUUCAGAACUGCCAAUCACUCCCAUCACUUUUGAGAGCUCCAAUAGCAGUUACUUACUGUUACCCGGCACUCCUCAGAUUGAUGGCUUGUCUGUCAGCUUCCAGUUUAGAACGUGGAACAAGGAUGGUCUCCUUCUGUCAACUGAAUUGUCAGAAAAUUCUGGCUCGCUUUUGUUGUAUCUCCACCAUGGCAGACUGAUCCUCAACAUCCAAAAAGGAGCAGAGAGAUACGUGGGCAUCAGUGCAGGCAACAAUCUAUAUGACGGCUUGUGGCACUCGGUUAACAUCAAUGCCAGAAGACAUCGCAUCACCUUAACUCUUGAUAAUGAUGUAGCAUCAGCUGUACAUGCUACCACCGUUUCCCAGAUUUAUUCAGGGCACAGCUAUUAUUUUGGAGGGUGCCCUGACAAUUUUACCGAUUCAAAAUGUUUAAAUCCCAUUAUGGCUUUUCAAGGUUGCAUAAGACUCAUCUUUAUUGAUAACCAGCCCAAGGACCUCACUUUAGUUCAGCAAGGCUCCCUGGGGGCUUACAGUGAUUUGCGCAUUGAUAUUUGUGGCAUCAAAGACAGAUGUUUACCAAACUACUGUGAACAUGGAGGAAAAUGUUCCCAAUCUUGGAAGACAUUUUUCUGUGAUUGUAAUGAAACUGGUUACACUGGAACAACCUGCCAUAACUCUAUUUAUGAGCAGUCCUGUGAAACCUAUCGACACCAGGGGAAAACAUCUGGUUUCUUCCACAUUGAUUCUGAUGCAAGUGGCCCACUUCCCCCACUUUUGGUGUACUGCAAUAUAACAGAAGACAAGAUAUGGACAGUGAUGCAGCACAAUAACACAGAAUUGACUCAUGUCCACGGAUCUGAUCCUAGGAAGCCAUACACCAUGAACUUCAGUUACAAUAGCAGCGGGGAUCAGCUGGAAGCAAUAACAAAUAAUGCUGAAUAUUGUGAGCAGGAGACAAUUUACCAUUGCAAAAAGUCACGUCUGCUGAAUUCCCCAAAUGGAAUUCCAUUUGUUUGGUGGGUUGGUCGUGCCAACGAAAAACAUCCUUACUGGGGAGGAUCAAUUCCAGGAAUCCAACAAUGUGCAUGUGGUCUAGAAGAAAGCUGUGUGGAUCUGAGAUAUUUUUGUAACUGUGAUGCAGACAGAGAAGAAUGGACCAAUGACACCGGUUUCCUUUCCUUUAAAGAACAUUUACCUGUGAACCAGAUAGUCAUCACUGAUACAAACAGACCUAAUUCUGAAGCUGCCUGGAGAAUUGGUCCUCUUCGUUGCUAUGGAGAUAGACAGUUCUGGAAUGCAGCUUCUUUCAGUACCGAAGCUUCGUACCUUCUCUUCCCCACUUUCCAUGCCGAGUUCACUGCAGACAUUUCUUUCUUCUUCAAAACAACCAGGAUGUCUGGAGUCUUUUUGGAAAAUUUGGGAAUGAAAGAUUUCAUCAGGGUUGAAAUAAGUUCUCCGAAAGACAUCACCUUCACAGUUGAUGUUGGAAAUGGCCCUGUAGAGAUUACUGUCCAAUCCCCCAUGCCCCUGAAUGACAACCAGUGGCAUUCUGUGCACGCUGAAAGGAAUCUUAGAGAAACUUCUCUUCAGGUAGACAACUUUCUGAAGAAGACUUUAGAAGCACCUGCUGAAGGACAUUUUCGAUUGCAGCUAAACGGUCAAUUAUUUGUAGGGGCAUCUGCAUCCAAACAGAAAGGUUUUAUGGGAUGUAUUCGUUCUCUUCAUGUAAAUGGACAGAAACUUGACCUUGAAGAGCGAGCCAAAGUGACUCCUGGCGUCAAACCAGGAUGCUCAGGUCAUUGCAGCAGUUAUGGUAAUCUUUGCCAGAAUGGAGGGAAAUGUGUGGAAAAGCCCAGUGGCUACUUGUGUGACUGCACCAAUUCACCGUAUGAAGGACCAUUCUGCAGAGAAGAAGUCUCUGCAGUGUUUGAAGCAAACACUUCUAUUACCUACACAUUUCAGGAACCUUAUCCUGUAACUAAAAAUACAAAUUCUACAUCUUCGGCCAUUUAUGCGGGUACAUCCAUACCCAAGGAAAAGGUCGCUUUUACUUUCCUGACAACAAAUGCUCCAAGCCUUCUGUUUUACCUCAAUGCUUCUUCUCAUGAGUAUCUGGCUGUUAUUUUGUCCAAGAAUGGAAGCUUGCAAGUCCGAUACAGACUGAGUAAAGACAAAUCCCUUAUUUUCACAAUUGAUUCUGGAAACUUUGCUAACAGAGAACUACACAGUGUGAAGAUAAAUAGAGAUGGAAGAGAGCUGACUAUUCAGAUUGACCAGGUUCUCAAAGUCAAACACAACUUUUCCUCCGAGGUUGAGUUCAGAGCCAUCAAAUCACUGACCUUAGGGAAAGUGACCGAUAGUCAGGGCCUGGAUCUGGAAAUCUCCAAGGCAAACACCUUUGGAUUCAUUGGAUGCAUGUCUUCUGUACAGUAUAACCAUAUUGCUCCACUGAAAGCUGCCUUAAGACAUCCCAACCUAGCACCAGUGACAGUCCUGGGUUCAUUGUCUGAAUCAAACUGCAGGUCAUUGGUUGAAGUAGAUGAAAAUACAGCAACUUCAAUUUACUCUUCCUCAGAUCCAUUUGGGAAGGCCGAUGAUAAAGAACCACUCAGCAAUGGUGUCAGAAGCGAUUCAGCCAUCAUUGGAGGUGUUAUUGCAGUUGUGAUCUUCAUCAUCUUUUGCAUUGUGGCCAUUAUGAGCAGAGUCCUCUAUCGGCACAAACAGACUCAUCGGAACAGCCAGACAAAGGAAAAAGAGUAUCCAGAACACCUUGACCGUUCUUUUAAGACUGAGGUUGACUUACAGAACCCAGUGAGCGAAUGCAAACGAGAAUACUUUAUCUAAAAGACUCCCUUGUUACACUUUGGCAUUUCCAUGAUGAUGAUAGUAGUGGUGGUGGUGAUGGUGUUUUUAAUCCGUUACUUUGGAAUUUCCCCACUCUUUGGAAAGAACUAAUAGACACUGAAGAUAUAGGCAGAACUGCACUGUUCUCCAUCCAAGGUCACCAUAGAUAACACCUAACUGCUCAAGCAAACAUGUAUUCUAACUUUGUUUGUCAUUACAUGCAUGGUUGACUAUUUAGUUUCUGGAUUUCUGAAAUGUUGCUUUCUGGACCAUUUCAUGUUGGACCUGAGUGAUAUAUACUAGAGGUAAAGUGUGCAAGUUAAUUAUUUAGCAUUACAGCUAUUGCAACAAGGUAGUGUGAAAGAAUAAGAUCGAAUUAUCUCACUAAAACGUAUUUAAGAUGAGCCAAAUCCUUUGUUCUGCAAAUAGGCAUAAUUAUAUUUUGUGUCUGUGGUGCUCUGCUGAAUUUGCAAACUAAGGAUCUGGAACAACUUUUUAUUUUAUUUUAUGUUCCUUUUGAUCACUUCCUUUCCUUCAAGCUGAAACAUUUGUCCAACACAAGGUCAGAGUUUGCAAAACCAUAUUACUUUCUGCAGAGAGAGCUGAGACCAAUGGGAUAAAUCUGUCAAGUGCUUGCCCUCCUUGCAUAACCCCUUUAGAUUCUGGGUCAGUUUGGCUCAAGAAUCACCUGGCACUCAAGGUGGGCUUGUGAAGACUCUGAGACACAGCCUGGCUUUUGUAAAAGACAUGCCUCAAUCACUCAUGUCCUCCAGGAUAGAAGAGCUUACAAGCCUUCAGUAGAAUUGGCCUAAAGUUGGAGAAGACAGAAACAUUUCCAUUGGGCUUGAGGAUCCAGCGAUGCCUCUGGCUUUCCAAAAUAAUUUGUAAGUGUUCUUCAUCUAAGGGUCACUUGGUUUUUUUCUUUGAAGGGAUAAUUUAUGACUGGGCCAGAGGAGCCCUGUGAGGAGGGCCAAGGAGGCGGGAGAUGUGUCAUGUGCUCAGUGUUUCAGCAAAUCCAGAGAGGCCCAAGCCUGCCCAAUGAAUGCAUAACCCCUGAGCAUCACCAUUCCCAUUAGUUUCUUGGGGAAUGGCAACUUCCUCCUCCUUGUUGCGCCUCUCUGCUCUCCCUCUUGGGCAAAAUCCAAAGGGCCUUGAAAUGGGACUUAAGCAGUGCUCCUCUGUACCACCUUCAAUGUAGGUGUGACUCGGGAUGUGCAACCUGUCUGCGAGCCCUUCAUGAAACCACAUUUAAAUAGGCCUUAAGGGACUUCAGGGACACAGACGACCAGCCUCUCUUUCAAUUUUCUGAAGUGGCAUAGGGUUUCUUGUCUGACUAGAAGAUCUCCAAGGUCCCUUUCAACUUUAUUAUUAUUAUUAUUAUUAUUAUUAUUAUUAUUACCAUCAUCAUCAUCAUCACUCCUGGAGUGUAGCUAAAAUUGCCCCACCCUGGAAACCCACAUGUAAAUUUUCACUUUUUUUUCUUUCCCUGUUAAUUUUGAUGUGGAACUUUUUGAUUUGAAAAUUGUCCUCCUCCCUCCCUCCCUCCCUCCCUCCCUUUAUUUUUAAUGUAGCAUCUUGAAUGAGGAGAGUUCCUCAAGUAUUCAGUCUAGGGAAACAGUUCCACCACAUUUCUGAUGGUGUUUAUAGCUGAAUAAAAUCAACAUUUUUUUUUUCAGAAAUGGUACUUCCCAUGAUAGAAAGAACCAAAACAUCAGGGAGGAUGGGUUUUGUGACAUUUACUUAAGUAACAAACCUGGCAGUUUUUCCAUUUCAACAGAAUGAUUAAUGGGAAUGAUCAGAUACAGAGAGAGAGAGAGAGAGAGAGAGAGAGAGAGAGAAUUCCCAUAUUAUGCUGUGGCAGUGUUUUGAUAAAGUCAAUGUAAUUUUGCAAUAAUGAAUGUUGCCACUACUUUCAGCAAUGAUUGUGGUAGGGAGUCUGACUCAUGCAGGGUAUGGAUUUGCUGUCCCAAUUUAAAGCCUUGGUUAUAAUUUCUCUAUUGUGGUAAAUCACCCAUUGAAAAAGAAAAGAAAAUUGCAUGCACAGACAAACAUUCUCCAACAACCUUCUCCACUUUUAUGGAAGAAAACAUGGUCCUAUGGAAAGGAGGAUCCCCUUCCUCCCCCCAUGCAUUAUAGAAAAAAGAUUGUUCAAUCAAAAGUCCAUCUUAUAAAGUUAGAUGCAAUCAAUAAUUUUUACUGGAUCGUGAAGCAAUAGCUGAGCCAGAGGCAUUAGCCCCUUCAAUUCAUAGACACUUUAGCAGCUUCUUAGGUAUUAGGACAUUGUGUAAUCUCUCACAUAAUAAAUGGCUUAGUGAUGCUGCUAAGAAAUGACAUUUGCACUUAAUUUAGAUGCAAACAUUAAAGGUGGUGGGACCAAGCACUAGAUAUAUAAAUAUAAACAAAAUCUCCACAGUUUAAAUGCCAAGGCUUACCCCUGCAAAUAUGUUUUGAAAAAAUGUGAAUUUCCUAAAGAACACAUUAUUAUCAAAACCAUCUUGUCUCUUUUUAAUAAUAUGUAACUUAAUUUCCGAGAUGAGAUCCACACAUUUUAAAAUUGCCAAGGUUGAGAAAUACUAUUCUAGAUCAUUGUCUAGAUUCCUUUUUGGUUCGUAUUUAUAUCUAUUUCAUUUUGAAUCUUCUACCAAGGAUUGGAUUGACUGACUGACUGACUUUAUUUAAAAUCUUAUGCCUCCCAUCUCCUCUACAAGGUGACUCUGGGUUGCUUAUGAUCCCUGAUGCCAGAGAUUUGCAAUUCUUUUGCAGCCAAGAAUCAUCUUUGGCCUGAGAAUGAAUUGAUCCAGAAAAAAUAUUAAAUUUAGCUUAAUUAUAAUGUCAGUUUCAAGUGAGACUGUUAGUACAAUUCUUUUUGGUAUAUUUAAUGUUUUUUUUUUUUCUGCCAUAUUAGAAAAUGCAGUUGGACCCCCAAAACUUGAGAAGCCUUGCUGAAGGCUCUGGAAAGCCACAUCAAUCCUGGAUUUCCAGGUUGUACAUUCCCAGUUUAAACUAAGUCUGCAAUCAGACUUUGUGUGCUGAACUGUAUGUGUCUGUGUGCUGAUUGUCUAGUUUGGCAAAGAAAUACAUGUUUAUUCACGAUAUCCCAUAUAGUACCCAGUCCCUCUCAUCUGUGCAAUAUUUGUAUCAGCAUAGUACUGGACUUUGUACAAAGAUUUUAUAUGACUAUUAAGUUUUGUUUUAUUUAGUUCUGUUUUUUUUCUCUUUGUUUGCUUCCCACCCCCACCCAAGACAGGUUAUGAAGCAGAAACUAGAUUUUCGGGUUGAAUUUGUUUUUGUUUGAUUGAUUUUUAUAGCUGCCCAUCUCAACAAACAACUCUAGGCAUCUCACAAUUCAGAAAAGAAUUGAUAAUAAUUCUUUCUCCAAAGCAUAGAAAUUCUGUAAUUUAGUGGGAUGUAAUGAUAAAAAUAGCAAAAAUGUCAGAGAUGAUUUUUUGGCUAUUCUCGAUCAUUCUCAGUCAUCAAAAUUCUCCUGCUUUUAUUUUAGUUUUGAAGUGCAAUUCAAAGCAUCUGUUUUCUUCAAUAGAAAUUACACUUCUCUGAGUUCUGUUAGGUGAUUCUUCUGUUGGGCUCAUUAAAGAAAUGCAAACAGCUAGAGAGGCUGCAGAACAAUAGGGAAAUGUGUGAUAGUCGGGAAGACAAAAGGGGAAAAGUGCCUUCAGCUAUCUCCCAUUUUAAGUAACCUUAACGCAUGAUAGGAAGAGACAACUGUAUUUCAUUCAGUUGCAAAGAGUCAAUUGAAUGAAAAGCAUAGAAAAAUCAUGGCUAAUAUGGUGCACUGCAUCACCUGCUUUUCUUAGGUGAAGAUCUGAUAUAGAACUGGAAUUUAAAUUUCCCAUCCCAUCUUGACAGGUGAUCCAGGAAGAUAUGGAGAAUCUCUUAUCUGAAGAUAGAUUUAUAAUCUUUGAGUUUGUUGUCUUGCUAGUGAAUUUACUCACUGCUAUUACUGAAUCUUUCUAUCUGGAAAGAGAAUCUCUCAUCCAGCUCUCAACUGCAGUUUGAUGCUUUAGGACAGGGCUGUCAAACGCGCAAUGUCACGUGACAUGUCGCGGCAUAUCACGACUUUUUUGCCAUUGCCAGCAAUGGGGUGGGCGCAGUUUCGCUAUGAUGCAUCCGGCUCGCAGGCCGGCAGUUUGACACCCUUGCUUUAGGAUGAAGAAAUCUUUCUCCUUCCAGGUUGUUGCUUCAUUUUGGGUGAUGUCAGCAGCAUUUCAGCCUGUAAUUAACAUUCUUAUUUGUUAUCCAAUUGAACAUGGAUGGCUCAAGAAUUCUGGGAAUUGAAGUCCACAAGUCAUAAAAAAGCCACAGUUGCCUACCCCUGGUCUAUCCUGAUAAGCCACCUGGAAUUUAACAAGUGAUUCUGGGCAGCAAAUAAUCUUUCAAAACAAUUCCAGUCGUCAACAAUAGGCAGUCAUCAACUUACAUCCAAAAUUGGAACUAGAAUUUCCAUUGCUAAACAAGGCCGUUGUUGAGUGAAUCAUACAAAAUUUUAUGAUCUUUUGGCCACAGAUGUGAAGCGUAUCACUGCAGUUGUUUACAUGAAUCAUGCCAUUGUUAAAGUGACUUCAGCUUUCCCCCAUUCCUGCCCCUCUGUUGUUCCACAGUAGCAAAUAUCCAUUUAAACAGAAAAUUUUCAGAUGUUUCUCCAAAAGUCAGGAUAAAAAGAUCAAAACUUGCCUCGAUAGUAAAGGUAUUCCAUACAGUUGAUGCUAUAACCCAAGGGUCUUCAAACAUGGCCCUUUUAUGACUUGUGGACUUCAAUUCCCAGAAUUCCUCAGCCAGAGUGCCUGGCUGAGGAAAUCUGGCAGUUGAAGUCCACAAGUCAUAAAAAGGCCAAGUUUGAAGACCCCUGCUAAAACCCAAAAGACUUGUCAUCUUGUCUUCCCUCAUUUCGCACAGGAGCAGCAACUUGAGCAGGGUCUCUCUCUUGAUCUAACAAGAAAACUCAGACAUUUUGAACAAGGCAGUUCCUAAGAUAUCCUAGUGCUACACCAUAUAGAGCUUUUAAAGUCAUCUAAGUGAGUGGCCAAAGCAGAUCUAGUACUAAUCAAUGCCACAACUUAAUUACUUCCUUUUGUUUUAAAUCUUUUAAUCAUCUCCAUUGGAUCCCCCAAAGUAUACCUAACAAAUGUAGACUUAUUUCUCUGGCACCACCGUCUUAUCCAUACAGUGAACUCUGUCUACUAGGCCUGGAUAGAACAAAAUAGACUACCUUAGCAGUUCUGGGACUUGCCUACAAUUAGAAAGGCUAUUGGCCUCCUCUUCUAGGAGAGACCAACAACCCAUCCCAAUGCUUUUGAUGCAACAUGGAGCACAACUGUUCUGUCCCCUUCCCCACCAGCCCUAUCAAGCAGCCUAUCUAUAAAGUGUCUGAUAUCUUCCAUCUUUACACUAAGUAAACAAAUUACCAGGUGAUUUACAUGAUACCACAAACCCAUUUGCCUGUGUUUUUAAUGAUUAAACCACUCACAACUAAAAACUCUCCAUCAGCCAGAGGAGUUCCAUGGUAUGAGAAGAUAUAGGUCUAUCACCCAAUGAUUGGGAUCCAUCUAUGAUGACUUUUCCCUUAACCUUAAAGUUCUGUCUUUCUUCUUCAAGCCUCUUUUUCCCUAGCAGAAGACAACUAUUAUCCUGGCAGAUCUCAUGUAUUCUAUAUGUUUCUCUGCCUUUGUUUAUACAUCUCCAAUUCAGCCACUGAGUUUCAAGGGAAUGGGCUUGCUUCCCAAAGGCCAAAAACUCAUUGCCCCCAGAACAAACCCAUAACUUAUGUCCAACAGCCAAAUGAUUGAUAUUGGAGUCUGGAUCCAAUAAACUGGAUAACACACCCUCCCUUUCUAAUUUUCUAGUUUUGUGCAACUUACUGUUUUUUACUAUUCUUUUUUAAGGAACUGUUGAAUUUGAAGACUGAUUCCUAUGUUAGACUUCUAUAGAACUUGACGCACUGGCUUCAUUACCCAGUAGCUAAACUCCCCUUGCUCAUCAGUCUCCAGAAAUCAUCCCCCGUAGAAUUCCUUCACAAGCCUUCCCUGCUCCCCUAUUAGCUAGUUUUGUUCAUGAGCUCCCAUCUGUUUCUCC